GCAGGAACCGGCUGUUCACUGUAGGGAGACGGGUCAAAGUGUCAGAGCAGGGUACUUUAGGUCAUAGAAAGUAGAAGAAAACCGCCUUUUAAUUAUUUUAAUUACUCGAGAGCCUCGCCCCUUAUCAAAACAACAUGUAUGCGCUUUAUUCACCGUGUCCGUUGUGUGUUCAUUGAACACUUUUUGAAAAUAGCAAUUAGCGUAGCUAUGCUAGCAGCUAACGCUAAGCAGUUGCGUCAGACUCGAGAAGCGGCGUGCAAACAGUGUAGAGGAGACAGCAGCAGAGUGACAGAUCAACAAAAAGAAGAAAGGAACAACAGAUUGUGUGGUGUGUGUGAAGAAACGUAUCCACCGUCCUGAAGAACCAUGGAACUAUCACUGGCUCACCCAGCCAUCAAGGCCUUCCUGUGCUCCGUCAGGGGGACGUGCUCCACGCUCCUCUUCCAGCCUCUCGACCUGGUCAAAACCCGUCUGCAGACUUUGCAGAGCGCACGCAGCCUGGGUGACUCGGGCCGAGUGGGGAUGAUGACCGUGCUCCUGAGCGUGGUGCGAACAGAGAGGCUGCUGGACUGUGGAAAGGGUUUCCCCGGUUUUGACCAUCUUUAUUCUUCCUUUGCUCGGACCAUCCCCGGAGUCGGGAUCUACUUCAGCACCUACUACACCCUGAAGCAGCACUUCCUGCAGGACGGCAGCCCCGGGGCGCUGGAGGCCGUGCUGCUGGGGGGCUCCGCCCGGACCGUGGCGGGGGUCUUCAUGCUGCCGGUCACCGUCAUCAAGACCCGCUUUGAAUGUGGCCGGUACAGUUACGGGAGCGUAACCGGAGCUCUGCGAAGCGUGUGUCGGACCGAGGGUCCGGCCGCUCUGUUCUCGGGCCUGAUGGCCACGCUGCUCAGAGACGUUCCCUUCUCCGGGAUCUACGUCAUGUUGUACAGCCAGGCCAAGGCCUCGCUACCACGAGAGAUCCUCUCGUCUGCGUCCGUCCCCCUGGCUAACUUCAGCUGUGGCGUCCUGGCGGGCGUCCUGGCGUCCCUGCUCACGCAGCCGGCCGACGUGGUGAAGACACACGUCCAGGUGAACCCACACCUGAGGACGGCAGAGGCCAUCCGGUACAUCUACACGGAGCACCGGCUGCAGGGGUUCUUCAGGGGGGCGGUGCCCCGGGCUCUGAGGAGGACCAUGAUGGCCGCCAUGGCGUGGACGGUGUACGAGCAGAUGAUGUCCAGCAUGGGACUGAGGUCCUGAAGCUGACAGGAAGCUCCUGAAAGAGGAAGAAGAGAGAAAGUCAACGGUAACGUUAACCGGAAGGAACGGCUACAGCGGAGAUAGAAGAGUUCAAGACCUCAAACAUUUCACCGCAACAAGACAAGCCGACGGGUGGACGGAGACACUUCUCAGACGUCUGAGUGACCAACGUCCACGUUACGGGAGCGAUGUGGAGACGUUUCCUCGCUGGAACCAGACGUUUGUCCGCUUCCUCGUUACUCUGGAGAACACAUUUUAAAAUAACAACAGGCUUGCUGCGAUGCUCUGUGUCUCACAUGAAGCAAGAGCUUGGAUUCCUGUGUCUUGUUUUUCACAGCUGAGAUCUUUAGAAGAGGUGACGCAAUCCCUCGUUCCUUCAGAGCCAGCUCAGACUUCUGUAAUGCACUUUAACCCUCGCGGCUCUGUGUCACGCACAGCUUAAAAACCUGGAGACGCUCUGAAACGCCUUUCAGAUAACACAGUGUUAUUUAUAGUCUGUAACACUAAACAAUACGUGUGUGUGUGUGUGUGUGGAGCUGGGCAAUAUAUCAAUAUUAAAUCAAAAUCAUGAUCUGAGACUAGAUAUCGUCUUAGAUUUUGGACGUCGUACUAUGGCAUAAGUGUAUUUUCUUGGUUUUAAAGGCUGCAUUACAGGAAAUUUUCUAAUUUUCUGAACUUACCUGUUCCAUUAUUGGCCUUUACCCACUCAUUGUGUAACGCAGCACCGAUAGUCAACACUAAAAUAUUAUUGCGGUACUGAUAUCGAGGUAUUUGGUGAAAAAUAUUGUGAAAUUUGGUUUUCUCC